AUGUCUACAUCUUCCACACAGUCUCGAGGAAUCAAUAAGCGCUUUAACAGCCUGCAGAAUGGGCAACCCGCUCGCAGCGACUCCUACUCCAGCAAGCGGGCCAUAAGCCACAACGAUGCCUACCUAUACGCUCUACGAGUAGCCUACCUUGCAUACCUCCUACAGCCUCGAGCUAGGCGAACUCAGCAUGUACCGGCACCACAAGCGCCGGUGCAGCGUUCUUCUACCUCUAUAAAUGAUUUAAUGAAGGAUUUCAGUCUGGUGCGGGACUCCAAGAGCACCAAGUUCCCUCAUGGCUUCAUGGCGGAGCUCGAGAAGCGCCUGACAGGGGUCUUGAUGGCAAAGGAGAAGAGACCGGAAUACAAUGAUGCUGCUGUCAAAAGGACGUUCGCUGCCUUUUUCAACGCCUUCUCGGAGCCAAGCUUCAGGAAACGAAUGGAAAAGGAUAGACGAGUUGAGGACCUGGUACUCAUCUUCUUCUCUAAUGCAACGAAAGAGUUAUCGAAGGGCAAGCAGCAGGGAGAUGAUGCGUGGAAGCUGAUGGUUGACCGACACCUUGCUCUUUUUGUCCGUCUAGUCAGCCUGGUGCUGAAGGAUCAUGACUGGGUCAGAGAUCGGCCAGACCUUACAAGUCGACUAGCCACCCUGGAAAGCAAAUUACUGGCGCACGACCAAGACCUAGCAGCAGCACCAACAAGGAACGGCGCUAUUGGAGGCACAACCAUUGAGGUAGAAGUUCCUCUAAGCUACGAUGUCAAGGACAUGCCGCUUGUACAACUGGUUGCCAAAAUAUUCGGUCUCAGAAACACUAUGGUGCAGUCUGAUAUCAACAAAUAUAGGUCGGUAUGGACAGAGAAAGCGGCGCUACAGGAUUUGAAAACAUACCAGACGCUCUUAAAUCUCAAUUCUCGGAAGACUUUACGCAGCGAUGACUUCGACCUUGAUGAAGCUUAUGAACAAUGGAAAAAGGGAGAAACACAUGAUAUUUCCCAGCUGAUGUUGUCGAUAAUGCAAUCUAAUCCGGAGUUGGCAAAGAGCACGACGGGAAAUCUGCCCCAAUUCAGCCACAGGGCCAAUGGCUCAGACGCGUCUGACCUUCAGCAUCCAGAUCGGAGGACCUCCGAUUAUUCUGAGGCUUCAUCCUACGUCAUCGACCAGCCAGUGGACAUGACUAACCUGAGCUCUCGUAGCCAAAGCCCGGAGUCAUCGCCCGACGACGAUAAGACCUUUACCUUCAUGCCAUCGGACUCAAGGGGCUACUAUCGCUUCAUUGUGGCCCAGGCCUUAGCCUAUGACUUGAACGACAAAGACCUGCAAGCCUCAACGUCAGGUAGCAGCGAUCCGCCGCCAGCCAAGCUGCUUUCGAAGCAGUCUACGGAACUGCUGAACGAGAUCUGUGUUCGUUGGCGCGUACCCUACGUUUCUAAAAUCAUCCUUUUCCUAGAUGUUGUUCAUGAGAAAUUUGUUGAUCAGGAGAUCACACUUGGUACCCUGGAUGCUGCUUUCAAUUUUAUCAAGGAGCCACCUCCGGAAAACCGCAAACAAUCGAAUUCCAUGUCGUCGGUUCUAUUUGACCGACCGAAAUGGCUCUUGACAGACACUGUGCUCAACCAGCAAAUCCUUAGCGCUUUGCAUGUGGCUUUAUUACGAGACUUGUACGAUGUCCUGCAACAUUGUUACGAGCCGAAGCCGCCGAGCGUAGGGCCUGUCGUCUACGUUCUAGAACAUCAUAUCUAUGAUGACCCCGGCUUCUCGAAAACCCAGGAAGAUCUCGACGUCUAUAGAGACCAACUUUACCAGGGAUUACAAGGCAAGGCGCAUGAGAUGUAUAGAGCCUUCCUUCAAAAGGAAGUCCCAAAUGAUCAGCAUAGCUGGGAAUUUUUCCAUGUGAUUGAAUUAGGCAAGAUGGUCGUUGCAUUGGCUCAAAGGAUACAGAAGCGGUAUCGCAAGAACCCCGAAAUUAUGGGGGUGAAUCCGUUGACCGCUCUGGUUGGGACGAUUCUACCCCUUUAUGCGGAAGACGCUCGCGACAUUAUCAAACGAAUAUUGGACCUUGCCAUGGAAAGGAGUGAGGAAGUACCUAUUGAGGAUGGCUUCCAAUUAUACGGAGAGUUGGUUGAGAUCCGGCGGAUUCACGGCGAGUGUCUUCCAAACGUUCCAUUCGCGUUCCACAUUGAGGGAGACCUCGCGGAGUUUGUGUGGCGCUGGAUUCGUAUGACGGAGUCUUCGAUCCUUGACUGGGUGAACCAAGCAAUCAAGCAAGACAAUUUUCGGGUACGAACAGAGAAGAAUGAGAUACCGACUGAGGACCAGCGGCAUAGUCUUUCAGUCAUCGACAUCUUCAGCUCCUUCAACCAAACGAUAGACCGGAUAGUCCAGCUCAACUGGGACGACGAUCUUCAAUACGCAAAAUUUAUGACCGCAUUAGCUAAAGUCGUUGGUGCGGGAGUGGCAAGAUAUUGCGAAGUGCUUGAGCAAAAGUUUAGCAAAGAGAUGGACCGAUUGACUCCCGAGCAAGAAGCAGCAAGGAAUCAAAGUACCCAGGAAAAAUGGCUUUCGCUGGCAAAGGAUGCCUGGAACAACAAAGAGAAGAUCGAGCCAUUCAACUUCUUCCCGGAGUCCUUUGUGAAGCUCAACAACAUCGACUUUGCCACUGCCCAGCUUGACAAAUUGGAGCACGAGGUCAACGUGGAUGCGUGCGCCGCUGUCAUUCAGAGCCAUGCACCUCCGGUCACUCAACGCCAGAAGAAGGUCAAUAACUAUGUCUUCACUAUCAAAAUAGUUGAGGCGGAAGAUCUCAAGGCUUGCGAUGUUGGCGGUUACAGCGACCCCUAUGUCGUGCUCGGUGACGAGUAUCAAAAACGCCUGGCCAAGACAAGGAUCAUAUAUCGCAACUUGAACCCGCGGUGGGAUGAGACGGUAGAUAUCACGACGCAAGGCCCACUGAACAUAAUCGCUACGGUCUGGGAUUGGGACGCCAUGGGUGACCACAACUGCGUUGGCCGAGCUUCUCUCAAGCUGGACCCAUCGCACUUUGGUGACUUUCUGCCUAGAGAGUACUGGCUGGAUCUUGACAGCCAGGGUCGUAUUCUGCUACGAGUAAGUAUGGAGGGUGAACGUGAUGACAUUCAAUUCUACUUCGGUAAAGCCUUCAGGACGCUGAAGCGGACUGAGAGGGACAUGACGAGGAAGAUCACAGACAAGCUAUCUGCAUACAUCAACCACUGUCUCUCACGGCGUGCUUUGCGCAGUCUACUCUCGAAAGGUAUAACAAUGUCCUCAGUAUCAAGCUACUUCAAUCGAAACAAACAACCUCAAACGACCCAGCCACCAAGCGAAGCCGAAGUCACCAACGCAUUGAAACCGCUUUUUGCAUACUUUGAUGACAAUUUCGCCAUCAUGAACCAGACGUUGACCAGUGCCUCAAUGGUAGCGGUCAUGACAAGACUCUGGAAAGAAGUCCUGGUCACACUAGAGACCCUGCUAGUACCUCCACUAUCCGACAAACCCUCUCAACAGCGCCAACUGAGCCAACAAGAGCUCGACAUUGUCUUCAAAUGGUUACAAUACCUUUUCGACUUUUUCCAUGCCGUAGACGAAGAGACCCGCGAAGCGAAUGGUGUCCCACUCAACGUCCUCCAAUCUCCCAAAUAUUUCGAUAUCAAAACACUAAAUUUCUUCUACUUCGAGGCUACCGAGUCUUUGAUUCGCACCUCCGAGCGUAUGGCCUCCGCCACUGCUGCUCGUCAACAAAAUCAACGCAACAACCGUCUUUCGGCCCCUGUGGCUGCCUCCUCCCACGCUUUCGGUGGUGCCGCCGGCCUCGUGGGUUUGCCCUCAACGCGAAGAUCGAAAAGUGUCAUGCACUCACGGAAUUUGGGUACUAUGAAGAAGGCGAAACAGGAAAAGUGGAAGGAGGCUCAGGCAGACCCUAACGAUGACAUGAUACUCAGGAUACUAAGGAUGAGACCAGAGGCGGAAAGAUACUUGAAGGAUCGAAGCAGACAAAAGGAGAGGCUUGCCGCAGCGGCAGCCGCGGAACAAAUCGUACGGCAGAGUCUGUUGGCGGGAGGAGGGAGGAUGAUGGGAAAUUUACCCAGACGUUAA